AAUCCUGACCCGAAACGCCUGCAGAUGCAUGUAACCGCUUUCCUCCAUGCCAAGCGUGCGCGCCAGUUCAUGGAGGAACUCUGGGAGCUCUUGGUUAGUGCCCAGGACAAUGUUGGUGGUAUCCCAACUGCGUUCAUGGAAAAGAAGAAAGAAGAAAUUCGUCAGCGUAAGAUGGAACAGGAUCGUAUUGCCCAGAACAUUGCAGCACAAGAAGCGCUUGUCAGUCAGUUAGCAACAACCCGUGCGACCGCUGUUACUGCCACUGCUGCUGUUACGCAGGCUGUGGCUUCAGCUGUUCUUGCUGCUCCAGUUGCACCACCCAGGGAGGUGGCAGCUCCUGCUGUUGUCCCCAUGCCUAGCGGUGGAGGUGAUAAUUCCGCUGCUGCCAUGGCCGAGAGCAAGCCAAGACGACCCCGUGUGAGCCGCUGGGGAAUAGCUCCAGCGAAUGUCACCGCCAUAGCUGCAGUUCCCCUGGUGCCGACCGUUGCCGAUGUGAAGACUGAGCCACUGGAGGUGAAGCGUGAACGCAGCAGAUCGUCAAGUCCACGCAGUCGCCGCUCAUCCUCUCGCUCCUCGUCCUCGUCAUCUCGCAGCAGAUCUCCAGCACGUCACAGAGCCUCCCCGUCGCCACGGCGCAGGAACUUGUCUCCACGACGACACAGAAGAAGCCCGUCGGCUGGCAGGAAGCGUAGCGUGACACCGCCGUACCGCUCCACGCGUCGCCGGUCACGAAGCCGCUCCCCAGCAUGGCGUGGCGGUGGUGGUGGCAGACGCAGUCCAGUGUAUGGCAAUCGGCGUCGCUCGCCGCCAUCACGCUUUGGUCGUCGCCGAUCUCCCUCACCACCAUCACGGUUCGGUGGUCGUAGAUCUCCCUCUCCACGACCCAGGAGAGGAGGCCGCAGUCCUAGUCCAGUUCGACGCCGUCCGUCUCCACAACGCCGUCGGUCUGCUGAUAAGAUCACUAAACCUCUGUCUACUGACAGCUCAUCAGGUUCUGACAACGAGCAGGGCACCAACCAAGCAAAGAAACCUGUUGCACGCUCACAAUCUCGCUCACCGUCAGCCAGCAGCUCUGCGGAGACGAGUCCGGAGAGGCCUGCACCUCGUGCCGGUAAUGUGGUCAAGAAUGGUAAAACUUUACGCAGGCAACAAAGCUCCUCGGGUUCUUCGGGCUUGGAUUCGUCUGACUCGGAAAUGGACAGCACUGCUGCAAGAGGCCGUCAGCCAUCUGCCUCGCCUGAACAGCGGAGAAGACCUGUGUCUCGGCGUAGUCCGUCUCCCGACCUGCGUCAACGGCGACGCUCACCUGUGCAGAAGCAGAGGCGUAGUUCCCCCAGGCGCUCACCGUCCGUAGAGAGGCGGCGACGACGAGUAUCGCCCGAUUCACCGCCGCCGCCUCGUCGCAGGUACCAAUCUCCGCCGAGAUCGUCUCGCCGAAUGUCUCCCUCUCCGGUGGCAAGACGCCCGCCACGUCGCUCGCCUUCACCGCCAAGGCGUUCGCGACGGUCACCUGUUGAUAGCAGGCGGCCACCACCAUCACGCCGCUCACCUUCACCCAUAGCAGCCGCACGCAGGCGCUCACCACUGGCAGCAAGUAAACGCUCGCCAUCCCCACCACGCCGCCUUAGAAGAUCACCGUCUCCGGCACGUCGGCCUAGAAGAUCACAGUCUCCUCCACGUAGAUCUCGCCGUUCGCCUUCUCCUGCUGCUGCUGCUGCUACUACUGCUGCUGCGAGACCUUCACGGCGGUCUCCUCCUGGUGUGCGUCGCAUGCGUCGCUCUCCUUCCCCGGCUAGACGUACACGUCGUUCACCGUCACCUCGACCUAGAUCACGACCAGAGAAAGCGCCUGUUGCUCUACGUCGCAGACCAUCCGUAUCCAGUGGUUCAAGCUCAGAUGUGUCUGAAUCAGAUCGUGAACCUGACACACAAGAGAGAGGUGCCAAGCCAGCUAAGAACGACCGGCUGUCUUCCAGUCCACCUCGACGUGUAGUUCUUCCGCCCACAAGACGGGAUUCCAGCAGGUCUCCUUCCCCUUCCCCCUCACCACGUCAACGUCGCCGUGCUUCGCCGCCAAGAUCAGCACCUACUACGUCGGCUGUUCGCAAGCCAAGUCCUGAGCGCCGCCGUCGUCGCAGUCCAACACCGCCAGUUCAAAGACGCCCGGCUCGGGAUAGCCGCCGCAGUCGUGAUUCGCCAUCACCGCGCGCUGCUAAGCCUGCCCCGCGCCUCUCUGAGUCGCCCGUUGUACAACGGAGCAAGCAGCGCCGAGACCGAGGCCAGGAGGAUGAGCGGCCUGCGGUCAAGUCUAGAAGACGCCGCGAUAGUUCUCCGCCUACUAGUCCCGAGCAGAGACGUGUUGUGAGGCGACCAGUGGAAUCAGAUGAGGGACAGAGGGCAGGCAAUGACGCUUCUGGCCGACACAGCGCUGCUGUGGAGCCUGCACCAGCCCCAAGGAAGCGUGCCCACUCGCCCAGCAACUCUCCGGUGGCAGCGGACAACGGUGCGGAAGCAAAGAAAAAUCCGCCAAGUGAGGAUGUUAGCGAUGACGGCACCGCAGCUAAGAAGAAGAAGAAAAAGAAGAAGCAUCACAAGCACUCCAACAACAGUUCUUCCAAACCCAAGCAUAAGAAACACAAACACCGCCGUGAAGAAUCUCGGCAAAGUGGUGAUGAAUCUAUGGACAGUACAGAGGAGACGGCUCUCCGUGCCAAGGCGCUAGCAUCGCUAAAAAAGCAGCAGCGGUCUGAAAGAUGAUUUCGUAUCUACGGGUGUGCAUGUGUGUGCGCGUGUGUGUGUGUGUGCAUGCGUGUGCUUGCGUGUGUGUGUGUGUGCAUGUGUUUGUAUGUGUGUGUGUGUGUGUGUGUGUGCGUGUGUGAGUGCGUUUGGCUUCUCAGUGCGUGGCAGGUGCGAGUGUGUGUUCUGGUCUCACCUGAUCACAGGGAAUUUCUUUUGUUAGUCUGAUUUGUCCAUUUGUUCAGUACAGUUUCCUGCUUGAUAUGCAGUACUGACUUCCAGUAGUCCCAUCAGAGUUCAUGCAGUCUCUUUCUAUUCGUUGGCCCAAGUCUUGUCCCAUUCCAUUACCAGAUUACAUAUAACCUUUUGCAAAGCCCAUAUAGUGUCAAACUUCUCAUCACCCACCAUUGCCAGUGUUUUGUUUUGUUUGCUGUUUUUUUUUAAUCAUACAUGGCCACCAGGCAGUCUGCACAUACCAACGCCAGCAUCUUGCCAUAAUAGUAACUAGGAAACACUGUUGUGUUUAUCUUUGCUCCAUUCAUGUCUGAAUUUGUAAACUUCUGUGUCACUGA